AUGUCUUCUAUUACGCGAACAGACGUCACCGCUGUUAUUUUCUAUAACAAGCUAAUUUUAGCAGGUAUUGGUAGUACACUAAAUGUAUUUGAUAAACAAUCCACGAAGUUGCAACAAAGAUUGCAAGUUUUACAUGGUCAGAAAAUAUACGGUAUUGUGCCUUCGAAAUUUAAAGCAGAAAUUAUUGUGUUUGGAGGGAAACAGUUUACUGUGUUAUCUGUAGAUGAAAAUGAGGUGUUAAUAAAAAAGUUUGAAGCUGUUGUCUGUGAUGAUUGGUUGCAUUCAGCUCUGUGGGUAUAUGGUGAUGUAAUUGCUGUACUGACAGCACACAAUGUUGUACAAAAAUGGAACACCACAACUCUAGAGCUUAUAUCCCAACAUGCAAGUAAAGACAACUCAAUACUGUACAGUGGUUUACUAGUACCAUUAAAAGAUGAUAUAUUGGUGAUGGCAGGCACUGUUUUCUCCGAGGUUAUCAUACACAGGUGCAGUGAUGACAAACAGUUUCACAAUUUGAAAGAACAUAAGGGGGUAAUAUUUUCAAUUUCAUGUAAACCAGAAAAAAAUAUAAUAGUUACCACAUCAGAUGACAGAUCAGUUUGCAUAUGGGGUCCGGAAACUAUUCCACCUCACUCAUAUGACACCAUAAACUAUUGGAAGAAUAUAAGUAUAGUCUGUAAGCAUAAGGUAUAUGGCCACCUAGCAAGGGUUAUGAGAAGUUGUAUCAGUAACCGUUUGAUCAUCUCAGUUGGUGAGGAUUCUGCUAUAUGUUACUGGGACUAUGAAGGAAAGCUGAAGAAGAAGAUUGUCACCCAUCAGAAUGGGUGUAUAUGGUCUGUUGAUGCGGAUGAGCAUCAUUUAGUUACCGGUGGAGGUGAUUGUGGAGUUAUCAUACAUCCUCUUUCCGCAGCUAUAGAUUAUUCACAAAAUGAUAUUAUUGAUAUUGGUGUUGCCACACCUAAGAGGGUAGAAUUCACUGCAAGAAGAAACUUAGUUGUCACAGAUGAGAACAAUUUGAUAUAUUAUAAUUUUAGUAAUAAAAAUAAAUGUGUGUAUGAGUUAAAAUAUGAAUCAACAUAUCGGAUGCUAUCUCUUUCUUCCUGCAGGCAACUAGUAGCUGUAGCAGAUAUGACUGGGAAGUUAGGCAUCUUUGUAGAAAAUUGCAAAGAUGAUGCAGUGAUCAUAAAACUAAUAGAUAUAAAACUGGAUAUAGGAAAAGUGCUAUCCAUGCAUUGGGCUGGCAAUAGACAUCUAGUGUUUUGCACAGAUAAUGGUCACAUUUCCGUAUUUGCUUCGAGUGAUACCAUCGUAGAAGAAUACGCCCACUUUAUUCUACCACCGUGCAAAGAGGCAUUACUAACGGCUGUUGCAGUAGAUUUUACUAAAAACUAUUUUGUAGUGGGUGAUAGAUGUGGUAAUAUACAUAUAUUCGUAAAAGGCCAGGUCAACCCAGUCAAAAGCUUCAGUAAAGUCCAUGGACGCUAUGGCCCACGAACAUUACUAUUUACAGAUAAAAGCAUUACUUCUACUGGCAGAGAUCACAGUGUCAAAUAUUUUACUUCCUUUAAUGGCAGUUUUAAGUUUAUGCGCAGCAAAGAUUUUCCUUUUGCAUGGGUUGAGAAAUUUUUAGACAAAGAUCAAAAUUUAGUCUGUGGGUUCCAAGAAAGGGUCUUUGUGGUAUACAACAUUAAAUAUAACAGCAAGGUUUUAGAAAUACCUUGUGGGGGAGGACACAGGUCUUUCGACGCUAUUAGAUACAUCGAUAAAGUUAAUGAUGGUUUUGAUGAAAUUAUCAAACUGGUGUAUUUAAAGGACUCUGAUAUAAAUGUAGCGACAUUUGAACUUAGCAAAAUUGUGUCUAAGAAUGUUAUAAACGGAUCUCACGCUAAAGAAAUAAACUGUUUAAAAUCACAUAAAGUCAAAGUCAAUGAUGCUAUAAUAUACAUUACUGGUGGUGAAGACACUACUCUAAGAAUUUCUAGUGUAGAUGAAGCAAUGAACUUUCAAGAUGAAUUUUGCUUUAGACAUUUAUCAAGUGUUAGAACUUUGAGCAUAUAUGUUAUAGAUCAGUAUACAUUUCUUCUUGUAUCAGCUGGUGGCAGAGCACAGAUUUGUGUUAAAAAAGUAAAAAUAAUAAAAGAAAAAUCUGAAUUUAGUAUUGUGUGUGAAGAGUUAAUAGAUUAUUUAGUGAAAGGAACAGAUAAGGAGCGAAAAGGGAAUCAGCCAUGGAAGAAUUGCUACGUAGACUUUGAUCCAGAAAUGAGAAUAAUGGACUUAGACAUUCAUAAAUUUAACCAGAAAUUUGUGAUUUUCGCUGGAUGUUCAGAUGCUUAUUUGAGAGUGUUCUCAUUCGGAGAAAAUGAAAAUAAAUUGGAAGUAUUAAAAGCUACGAAGUACCAUAGUACGUGCAUAUUGAAAACGAAAUGUAUUCAAAUGUACGAUAAAAACAUACUAGUGACUUGUACUACACGAGGUGACGUCACAUUUUGGGACAUUACCAACAUAUUUGACACAGAUUUAACACCAUUUUUCAGUACGAAAACGAAUAAAUCUGGUAUCAACAGUAUAAUUUUCACAACCAUAGCUAAUAAUAAAUUUCUCAUAGGCACGGGUGGUGAUGACAAUGCAAUACAUCUCGUUUUACUUGAAAUACCUGACCAGAAUAAUUUGGGCUCCAUGAAAGUUUUAAACACUUGGAAUAGUUCGAAUUUCCACAGCUCACAGAUCACUGGCUUAUGUUCGGUGGAUCGUUACCUGAUAUCGGCUUCUAUUGACCAGAGAAUUACGUUGCUUCAGUGGAAGAUAAUUGGGGAGGAGAUAGAGUGCAAUUUUGUGACUCAGGUGCACACAGACGUAGCUGAUGUUCAAGGAAUGGAACUUCUGGAGGUUAGCAGUGACGCGUUAACAGUAUGCGUCUUCGGCAAGGGAAUGGAGGUUUUAGCUGUGUCGAAGAAUUAA